CUAUUAUAAAUAGCUAAAAUUAAUAGCCUGAUUUGCCUUUGACUUUGUUUUGUUACUGAAGAUUAUCCCAAAAUUAUUUGGUCAAAAUUUUAUUGCUACGUUAUUCAUCAUCAUAUCGAAACAUUUACAUUUAUAAUUUACUGAUUGUUAUCCACUAUAAAUCAUAUUAUUUUGCCCGUAUCCAUAGAUACGAUUCGUUUUUCAACUUUUUGAUAAAAAUUUCUCUUCAGUUAAACAAAUUAAACCAAUUUUUCAUCAUCCAGCAUAAAUUCAUGGUUCAACAGUUUUGAAUAAAUAUUCAUCCAACCUCACAGCUCAUCAUACCUUCAUUGAAUCCAAAAUUUUAUUUUUUCUUCAUCACCAUUACCACCACGACUACAAAUGAUUGUCUGAUUGAACAAAUAUGGUCCAAUGAUAUUUGACAUUCAGCUGUAUAUAUAAUAUUCAUUCAAAUCAAUUCAUUGUUCAUUAUCGAAACCAGAAAACAACAUUUUGGAUUGAUCGCCAACAAAACCAUUCUACAUCUUUCUCGUCUUUAUUUCUUGGAUUUCCAAAUCGUUAAUCAUCUUUGUGAAGAAAUCCAGAAUAUUUGACAAAAAGAAAAUGGCUACCAAUGAUGAUGACGAAAUUCAAUCGUCGAAUAAUAAUGCCAAUGAAGAAGAUGUUGAUCCUGUCGAUGCAUAUCGACAAUCAUUAUCGGAUCUAGUGAUGAAUUCUAAACCACAUAUCGUAAUGUUGACCAUGUUGGCCGAAGAAUCUAAAGAUACAAGAGCGGCUGAAAUUGUCAAUUGUAUUGAACAACGUCUUUUCCAUGUGAAUAAAGAAAUUAAAUUACCCACUUUAUAUCUUAUCGAUUCAAUUUGUAAAAAUGUUCGUGAUUCAUCUUAUUUGCAAUUAUUUGAAAAACGUAUUGUUAAACUUUUUUGUCAUGUGUUUGAAAAAUCGGAUGAAAAGACAAGACUUUUAUUAUAUAAACUUCGACAAACAUGGAAUACUUUUUUCAGUUCAGAAAUUCUUUAUCAAUUAGAUGUAGCCGUUAAGUCUUUAGAUCCUGGUUGGCCGAUUGUGAACAAAAAAUCGAUCGUACAAAAUGGAAGUAAUGUUGCUUCUGCUUCUAGUCUUGUCAGCCAAUCAACAACAAAAGAACAAACUGUCAAACAAGUUGUUAUACCUGUUACAAAAACACAGAAUAUUUCUACAGCUCCACCGGCAUCGAAACCAAUUGAAAUAUCCCAAAGAAUGGAUCAACAAUCUCAACGAAUUGUAUUCAAUAGUAAGAUUGAAAUUUUCAAUUCGGAUAAAUCGUUGAAACAAUCAAACACUGGUACUGUACAUCCAACUAUAAUCCAUUUAAAUAAAAAUGAUAUCAUAUCUAAACGUAAUCAAAUCGAAAAUGAACUACGAAAAGAAUUGAUUAGCAAAGCGGCUGCUAAUAAUAAUAAUAAUAUUUCUAAUAAUCAAUUAUCUACUUCGAACAUUUUAAAAAAUUCGAACAAAACUCAUAGUAAAAUUAAUAAUAAUAACAAAAAAAUUGAACAAUCACCAACAUCAGUACAGAAACAAACGACAAAACAAGACAUCAGUAAAAAAUCUAUAAAUUCAUCGCCCUCGAAAUUGGAUCGAAAACGUAAAUCGGAUGAUAUUAGAAUGAUGGGAGAUAAUAUUGGCGAAACAAUGAUACCGAAUGAUAAUAAUAAUAAGAAAAUCAAGACAAAAAUACCGAAACGUAAACGUCCAUUAUCACCACCAUCAUCUUGUCAAUCAUCAUCAGGCAGACAAACAAAAAAGAAUCCAUUGGAUGAGCUUAUGGCGCCGAUGAUACCGCCACCUGAUGAUGUUAUACCACUUGGCUCUAAUCAUCAUGUUCCUGUUACAAAACGUUCAAAAGAACCUCGUAAACCUAACAAUGUGGUUGCAUCAAAAAUUAAAAACAUAAAGAAUCGUCGCCAGUCACCACCACCACCAUCGUCACAACAAUUGCAAUCAUCUUUGCAACGAAAUCGUCAUCAAUCACCAUCUUCAAAUAAAUCCGGUAUUCGCAGUCGAUUAAAAUCUCCGACCAAAUCAAUUGUGUCUGAUGUGAAAAAAAUGAAUAUUCCACCUACAUCGUCAAGUAUACAACCAACAGUACUGCCGGCUCCUAAUGUUUUCUCUCAACCGGAAGUAUUAUUUAAUAAUGUUUCUACAUACAACAAUGAAGGCAAUAAUCAAACAAAUGGUUUUGCUAUGGAUCGUGAUUAUCGUCGUGAAUUUGAUGCAUUUAUGAAUGAUGCCAGAAAUCGAUUGAAUGCCGGUAUGAUUUCGACUGCUGAUCAUGAAAUUCUGGUUCGAGAAGCCGAACGAGAAUUUUUCCAACUUCAACAACAACAACCACAAUCACUUCCUUUGCCACAACAUAAUCUACCAUAUGAUAAUUCUCAGAUAGUAUCGGCACCACCACCAUUAGCCGCUCCAAAUCAAUCCUUUCUUGAACCACCCUAUGGUUCAUCCGCUUUAUUCAUUAACAAACAAUUUUGUCGCCUUUUUUAUUUGGAUCCGAUAACCGGAAUCGUUCCUUUCAAAACUCAUGCCGAUACUCCGUUUGAUCAGCUAGUCUCAACUGAUCCAUUAUUUUUGGAACCUAAACAGGUUUAUUUUUCUGGUCAUCCCACCAAAGUGAUUAUUGAUCCUGGUACAGCUUCUGAACAAAGUUUCUGUUUGAAUUUCAAUAAUCCUUCUCCAUAUUUAUUUCAUUUAUCGGGCAUACCUCAACCACAACGCAUUAUGCUUGGUUUGCCUGAUCGAGAAUUGAUUGUAAACGAUCGACCUUACAAAGCUCAAUUUGGCGGAGCACCAGUUCCAAUCUAUUUUGAAGCUGAUCUUCAAACACAUUUAUUUUUGCUAUCUGAUUCAAAACCAUUUCUACAAGUAUCAGAUGAACCUCGUUAUGAUCUAUGGAAUCGAUUGGUGGAUGCAGCUAAAGCAAAAAUGCCUCGCCAACAAUUACCGCUACCGCAACAACAGCCACCACCACCUACAACGACACAUCUUCCUUAUAAUUAUGGGCCCUCAAUUAACAUCCAUCAACAAACAUCAAAUACAAUGCUACCGACUACUGUUCCAACAUCGAACACUUAUCAUUCGCAACCUAUACAAACAACUCAAAUUGUCUCAGAAUUAUUGCCACAAUCAAUCACUACAAAUGUGCCAUUCCAACAACAACCAACAUCUGCUUCUUCGUUAUCAUCAAGUUCGGCUAAACCGACAUUACCCGAUCUCGAUUCAUUGCUAUUAAAAUUAUCGGCAGCCGGUUUAAUCUCUAGCAAAACAGCUUCCACUUUGUCAGGAACAUCGACAACUGCAACAAAAAUAACCACAGAUUCUAAUAAAAAACAAAAAACACCGGCUCCUCAACCGACACCAAAACGAUUUUUACCGUUGGAAAUGUCUCAACUUAAGCAAUAUCAUCAGUUUGCAAUCGAUCAACUUUAUCAAGGUCUUCAAUGUACAAAUUGUUCUCUUCGAUUUCCGAAUGAAUCUGAUUCCGGAAAAAAGAGUCGAUAUUCACGUCAUUUAGACUGGCAUUUUCGACAGAAUCGUCGUGAAAAGAUUAAACCAGAAUUUGGUUCAACUGCCAUUGCACAUCGUCGUCCUUGGUAUUAUACAAUCGAUCAAUGGAUUCUUUAUAAAGAGGUUAACGAUGAUAUUGAAGAAAAUAAUGGUGGAUUUUUUGAUUCAAAUUCAGCCGAUAGUCCAAGUAGUGCGGCACAUCGAGCCAAUCAAUUCAAUAUGAGUUUUGCACCAUUCAAAGAAUGUAUUGAUGAAUUUGAUUCAUUCAUCGAAGCAAUUAGCUGUGAUAAUAUAAAUGUGAUGUCAAAUAUUCAAGAUAAUAAAGAUAAUUCAUCUGCUCUUAAAAUUUGUUCGGUUGUUGCCGAUUCUGAUGUCACAAGUAAUUGUGCUGUUUGUAAUGAGGCAUUUAAAAUUGAAUGGUAUGAAGAUGAAGAAGAAUGGCGUCUAAUCAAUGCUGUAUGCUAUAAUCCAGCUAUGAACAAUGGAAACGAUGAACAACCCACUGUUGGUCGUCAUUUUCAUCCACUUUGUCUCAAGGAUCACCUGUUGCAGCAAUUGGAGAAACAAUCUAUUCAAAAUAAUGAAUUUGUUGAUGAAUCCAACCAAAAUCUAUCACUGAAUUCAAUGCUGAAUACAUCAACAAACUUGACUAGUUCCAGCAGUUCAAUCAUACCAGGAUUAGAUAUGCCGAUAAAAGAUGAGGAAGAAGACACAAAAAUCAUUGAUGUUAAAGUCGAAUCGAGCGAUGUGGAAAUGACCAACGUUCAGCAACAACUAUCGGAUGAUGGUGAUAACACUGGUACAGAUCUGGCAGGUCUUGAGAUAAGUAGUGAAAAUGAACAAAAUAAUCUUGAACAAAAAAUCGAAGAACCAGAAUCAUUCGAAGUUAAAGUAGAGGAAUUCGAAAUCACAAUCGAAACAAUUACUCCACCUUUGGAAACGACAAACAUCGAAAGCAGUGAAACGAAACCAUCGAACAUUAGUGACGAACGUGAUAAUAAUGAUGAAAAGCUAACAACAGCGACUACGGAUGGUGAUAAUAAUCAACCAUUGUCCGAAUCAAAACCUAAACGACCUUUGAUUGUGCUCAAAAUGAAAAAUUCAUCCACUGCAUCAACGUCAAUUACAUCAAUCGAUGAACAGUCAACUAAUAAAUUGUCGUCAAAUAUUGGUAAUGUAUCUGAUGCCACCAAUAAUGAUAAUGAACAUUCCAGGGAUAAUACGAAUGAUGAUAAAAUAGAAUCUUCAACAUCAGAAGAGGAUAUAAACAACAAGGAUAUUCAAAUGAAUACCGAAACUAACAACGAUGGUGAUGGAAAUGAUCAAUGUGGUGAUAGGGAUGAGACAGGCAAAAAAAAUAAUAAUGAUGAUGAUAAUAAUAGAAAUGAACCAUUAUCUGAUAAUAAAGUCCAAAAUAAUGCUAAUGAAACCACUACUGCUUCUACUACUGUUAGUGGUCAGGAUGAUCAACCAUCCAUUGUUGAUGAUCCUAAUAGUCAGGUUGAUUAUGGUACUGUUGUUGAUAAUUGUAGUGUUCGUGAUUCUGAUGAUUUGAAUGAUGUUGCUGAAUCUAUGAAUGAACAACAAUCAUCACCAUCGUUAAUGGAAAAAGAUCCACAAUCGUUAGAUUCGAAUGAUAAUAAAGUUUCCAACGAACGUCAACUGAUUGGUAUGGAUGCUAAGGAUUUGGAAUCGAAUAUCAAUCCAGAUGGCAAUGCUAUUGAUCUACAAAAACAAGAAAAAGAACAGCAAGAACAAUCAAAUUAUUAUUCACGUGGUAAAGAAGUUUCAUCACUUUGUUCUAUUAUGUGAUGUUGUUAAUACAAUUCUAUCGGCAAUUUUCUUUUGUUCAUUUCGAUUUCAUCGUCGUCGUGUUAUAAUCAUUCUGAUGAUUGUGUAAAUUUUUUUCAUUUCCAUUACAAAAAAAAAUCAAUUCUAUUCAUUUCUCAUUUCAUAAUCAUUUCGAUUAUAAAUCGAAACAUUAAAACAAAAAAAAAACCUAAUAAGAAUAAAAAUAAAAAAAAUUAUAUAAUCUGAGAAUUCUAAUUGAAACUAAUUUCUAUUAAAUUUCUAUUUGUCUUUUUUUCAAAAA